CCGUCCGCAGUCACUCCUCAUUGACUGUAGCUUCAGCUUCCACCUGCAGCUAUUCACCAUGUCUCUCAUCGGAGGCCGCUCAGGCACCAGCGCCCGCAGCAUCUCUUCCGCCAGCAGCUACAGCAUCGGCGGAAGCCGACUGCCGCUGGGUGGGGGAAGCCAGAUGACUGUCUCCGGUAUCUACCAGGGCCGCGCACCCAGCGUGUAUGCGGGCGCGGGGGGCUACGACACCCGCAUCUCCCAGGGCAAUGUCUUGCUCUCCUACGGCGGGCUCAGUUCGUACGGGUUUGAUAACAUCGGGACCAGUGAGAAGAGCACCAUGCAGAACCUCAACGACCGCCUGUCCACCUACCUGGAUAAGGUACGCUCUCUCGAGGCUGCCAACAGGAAAUUGGAGCUGCAGAUCAGAGAGUUCUAUGAGAAGAGGUCUCCAAUUUCCAGGGACUUCACCGCCUACUUCGCCACCAUCAAUGAACUGCGAGCCCAGAUUGCAAGGAGGUAUGCAGAGAAUCAGAGCAUCAUCCUGCAGAUUGACAAUGCUCAACUGGCGGCGGACGACUUCAAAAUGAAAUACGAGGUGGAGAUGAACACGCGUGCACUGGUGGAGUCUGAUUUGGUUCGUCUUCGAGGGGUCCGGGACAGCAUGGUUGUUACCAUCGGUGACCUGAAAAUGCAGAUAGAGAAUCUGAAGGAUCAACUGGCACAACUCAAGAGGAUCCACGAGGAGGAGAUGAAUGCAGCAAGGCUCCAAUACACUGGAAACGUGAACGUCGAAGUGGACAGCGCGUCAUCUGUGGAUCUUUCCAAGAUCCUUCAAGAAGUGAGGGAUCAGUAUGAGGCUAUGGCGUUGAAGAACAAGCAGGAACUGGAAAGAUGGUAUCAAGCGAAGAUGGAAUCCCUCCAGACGGAAAUCAAAAGUUACAGCACGGAGGUAAAGACCUUUUCCUCCCAACUUUCUGAGCUGAAACGGACAUACCAGAGUUUGGAGAUCACAUACCAGGGCAUCCUUGCAGAGAUCGAAUGCCUCCGCCAGAACCUCAACGACACCAAGAUGCGGUACAGCAAUCAGCUCAGCCAACUGCAACUGACCAUCAACAGCCUGGAGGUGGAGCUGCAGCAACUCAAAGUGUCCAUCGAGCAACAGAAGACCGAGUACAACCUGUUGCUGGACCUCAAGAUGAGGCUGGAGAGGGAGAUCGCCGAGUACCGCCGUCUGCUAGAUGGAGAAUCCUAUGAGCAGAAAAAGCCUUUGGUCAUCAGCAAGGUGGUGCAGAUGGAAGAGCACAAGCCCCACCUGGAGAGGAGAGUGAAGACCAUUGUGGAAGAAAUCAUCGACGGAAAGGUGGUGUCCACCAGCGUGGACACUAAGAGACAAGAAGUUUAAAUGGUUACGAAUGAGCAUGAAAAUAAACCGUUUGCUCCUCUUGGUCUCCUUUCCCCAUAAAAAAAACACAUCAUGAAAAAGAGCUGUGUUCACUUUCCUAUGUUCUCCUUUUCCUUUUAAAUGCAUUCAUGCAGCAGUUGAAAGAAAACCAGCAGCAACUUUCCCAGUGUUUGGACGAAAAGUAAAUGCAAUAAGGCGAUCAUAAAAUCAAAUGAAUCAAAACACAUCACACAAAGAUAUCGCCAUCAAUUUUCUUCGAAAGGUGUGCAAAAAAAUCCCAUUUCGUUUUCGACAUAACAUGCACAAAUGACUACCUUGACUUGUGUGAGGGAAAUGUUGCACUGUUGACAUGAAAACAACAGCAGUGGAAAUUAAAAGUGUCUUGCUGCA